CGUCCGAUUUGCCAACUCCCGCAGUAUCUGGUCGGCUGUCUUGGAGUGACUUCAAACUGGAGCAAGCCGAGCAGGACGAUUUUCAUAGCCGCGUGAUCGAAUGGGCAACCACCGCACGGUUGGGGAACGAGCGCUUCAACUGGCUCGUUGACAUGCUGCCAAUUAUCAAAGCGCACACUGGUGGCCAUGUGAUUUGCUUCGUCUGUAUGUUUAAGAAAUGUGCGAGGCAUGGCGGAAAGACGCCGUGAUCGAAGGGUGUUCGACUGUUAAAACGGCAUUGACUCGAUAUUACUUCGGCCCCAUCUGCCACGCGCUUGUCAGCAAGCGCGCUGGUUUUGGCCUGCGCACUUGUCGUUACCGGAAGUUCAGACGCUCAUGAGAAAGCUGUUUGAAAGUGAGGCGCCUGUCGAAGCCCCACCCAUCGGCGCCGACAACGGAACAAUGUCCGCCGAGAACGUGGCGAAACUGAUCCUUCUCCGGGCCGUCGUAGUCGUUAGCGUCAGCGAUCCCCUCAACUCGCACCGCCAGCUUCUCGAGUUUGCGACUUCAGUUCAUUGUCGAUAUUGGUUCCGAGUGGCGUAUCCUUCCGCCAUCACCGCAGAGGAUACUUCUCGUGUGCAUAAUGAUAUCGACGUGUGGCUGCGCUUCGUAUUGCGAGCGUUCCAAAGCACUGCGCUCUCGAACCCAAGCUCCCACGGCAACAGCGCACUUUUACUUCCUUUGGAAUGGACGUUCCAGCAUGAGUUUUGGCGCGGCGCGUCAAUGAUGCUGCCUCCCUCCAUGCGCGUCGCUGCCGAAGUGUCAAAAGUCAUGACCCGAUCGACGGUGGGCCGUACGCGGCUGGACUUUUGGGUAAACUCCUCGCUAAACUGGGCUGUCGAGCUAAUGCGCAGCCCACAGUCGGACCCUGACAGCAUCAAGGAUCAUGUGGAUCGAGUUCGUGAGAACGGGCGCUACUACGGCCUGGAGCCGGCUCAAUGGCGCGUGGUAAAUUUCGACCGCCAGGGUGUGAUCUUGAGCAAGCUGCUGCAGAUGCAACCGAUGGCCUACUCGUGCCAAGGUCUCGUAUCAUACUCGCCCGCAGUCGCGCCGAGGGCGCUCCGGCGGCACUCUCUGGAGAGUGUGCCGGACAGUCCAACGCACACGACACGCGGGAAGUACCGGGUCGACUGUCACUGUCAAUCUCCGAUACGCAGCGGCCUUUUCCUUUCAUUUCUCUCUGUUUCCAUGCUCUUCGCGUUUCCCAUUCCCUGUUCCCAGAGAAUUUGAAUAGCGUGACUCCCCUUAUCUCCCCCCCCCCCCCCCCCCCCCUGCUCGCCAGAAGAUCAACAGCAGUUAUCACGCUGUUCUAGUUCUUGCUCCUGUUCUAGUUCCGGCUCCUGCUCCAGUUCCGGGGCUCCUGUUCCAGUUCUUGUUCCUGUUCCAGUAGUUCUUGUUCGCGCCCCAGUAAUACAGUCUCUGUCUCCCAGUCCACUU